UAUGCGCUCUAUGCGUGAAACGGAACGCAACUAAUGUAAAAUAUUGUGAGAAAAUGACAACUGAAGUAUUAAAUAACAAAACUGAUUGUGAUACGAGAGAAACUAUACGUCGGGGGUUUUAUAAAAAUCGGAUCAAAAAAGAUAAUAUCAAACUUGAAUUUGACGCGAAAUCACAUCAAGAAGAAAGACGUAAACUGUUGUUAGAAUAUCAAAAGAAAUACAGAAAUGAAGCAUUCAAUAUUGCACGAGGUAUAUUUCAAGAGAUAUAUUUCUCUGAAUUAAAAGAUGAAGAGUCUAUGGAUGUGGAAGAAUAUUCUUCACAGUCUAGAUACCCACAAAGAUAUAAAAAGAGAAAUCGAAUGAUGUUGUCAGAGUGGAUGAUAGAUGUACCACAAGAUUUUUCUGAAAGUUGGUUUAUGGUUCCAUGUCCAAUAGGGAAACGAACUAGACUAGUUUCAGGACAAGGUAUAACAAAGGCAUAUUCUAGAACAGGGGUGCUAUGUAAUACCUUUCCUUCAGCACUUCCAGGUGGAAAUUCUGAUGCAGAUAUGCAUCAUUCUGCAAUUGUAGACUGUAUAUGGGUAAAGAAUCAACAAAUCUAUUAUAUAUUGGAUGUAUUGUACUGGGGUAUAUUACCAUUCACAAACUGUGAGGCUGAAUUCAGGUUAUACUGGAUCAACAACAAAAUCCGUGAAAUUAAAGAAUUCAAAGAAGCUGAAGCUAAUACAAAUAAAUAUCCCAUUUUAUCUCUACAAAAUAUUAAUUGUAACUCAGAUUUAAGUUCUGCUUUGACACAACUUGAUCUUGACUUAAAUUGCAUAGAUGGAUUCUUGUUUUAUCAUCGCAAUGCACAUUAUAAUUUUGGAUAUACUCCACUUGUGACAUGGUUAAAACCUUUUAUGUUAUCUGAAGUACUUGGAAUAUUUGUACCUUCACCACUCGAUGAGAAACCAAAUGAUUAUUUAAAUUUUGAACAUUAUAUGGAAAAUAUAAAUGCCAAGAAGAGCAACGAUAAAAAAAGAAUUGUGAAGAAUUUUAUGGAGAUAGAAAAUGUUGCUUAACAUAAAAUUAUGAUUAUGAUUAAGGAAGAACAUAAAUAUAAGAAUAAUAUUUAAUUUAAUUUAAUUUUUAUAAUUAAAUAAGGUAUGACUUAUUUUUAUAUAUAUAUAAUCUUUUUUUUAUUCUA